CCUCGAGCGCCGCCCUUCGGGCGUUACCCAAGGGUUGCCCUGAUGGACUGGCCUCUUUCAGAUACGCCUUUCUGUGUCUGUACCUCCGUUUCUGUUGGUCUCCACGUCUAUAGCCACUCAAGAAAACACCAUGAAAGAUACUGACAUCAAGAAACUACUGUAUACCCAUCUUUUAUGCAUAUUUUCAAUUAUCCUAAGCGUCUUCAUUCCAUCAUUCUUCUUGGAGAACUUCUCAAUCUUGGAGACACACUUGACAUGGUUAUACAUCUGUUCUGUUUCUGCAACUGCCGUCAAUUUAGUAUUGUAUUUAGUAGUGAAACCAAAUGUGUCUUCUAAAAGAAGUUCAUUAUCAUACAAGGUAACCAGAUUUUUGAAAUGCUGUAUCUACUUUCUUACGUCUUGUUUCUUCUUUCACAUAAUUUUUGUUCUGUAUGGAGCACCGCUAAUAGAGUUGGUAUUGGAGACAUUUUCACUUGCGGUUAUUUUGUCCACUUUCACGACCGUGCCUUGUUUAUGUUUGUUAGGACCAAACUUCAAAGCCUGGCUAAGAAUUUUCAGUAGGAAUGGCAGGAAGAAACACAGAGCUUGUGAAGAAAAUGGGACUGAGGCGCAACACUCAGAAACUUCGUCAGUAACACAUCAUAAAAGAGUUACGUCCGUUUGGGAGAAUAGUCUUCAGAUCACUACAAUUUCUAGUUUUGUAGGAAUAUGGCUUGGAGCCUUUCCUAUUCCACUGGAUUGGGGAAGACCAUGGCAGGAAUGGCCCAUCUCCUGCACGCUUGGAGCAACCUUUGGCUACGUGGCUGGCCUUGUUAUUUCACCACUCUGGAUAUACUGGAAUAGAAAGAAACUCACAUACAAGAACAAUUAAUCGGAGCAAAGGGAGAAGAGAUUUCUUUGUGCAGAUUCCAUAAAGACUGUGCAGAAAUGUAUAUGGUCUAGGCCAGGCAGUUCCACUUAACAGCACUGUUUUUUAUGUAGUUACAUGAUGUGAUUGUAGCUUUUUAAACUAUGAAACCCCUGAGAGAUUGUACCUUCUAGUUGAAAUAAAGUAUUUAU